AAACAACAGAACGAAAUGGAGAUAAACUUUGAAAAAUUAAUUGACGAAAUAUUUUUACGCCCAGCGCUAUGGGAUCAAAAGACCAAGAUCUAUCAUAAUAGAAUCUUUGUGGAAAAAAAUUGGACAGAGAUGGAAAACAUAUUUGAAACAGAAAAAGGCUGUUUAAAAAAAAAAUGGAAGAACAUCCGCGACCAGUUCCGAAGCGAAUGGAAAAAAAAUCCUAAUACCAAAUCUGGAGACCCUGGAAUUUCGGAGGAGGCUUACAGCCAUUACACUUCUUGGCCUCAUUUCACCAGUUUGUUUUUUUUAAAAGACCAGAUGAAACCGCGCAAUGUUUUGACGCUUCAUCACAAUUUACCUUCGAGGAAGCUUCACCGGGAUUUUCAUCAGAAGUGUCUCUAGAUGAGACCAUCUGUGAGGAAAUUUGAGAGCUUUGUGAUGAUCAACCAAUUUCUCCACCAAAAAAAAAAAAACAAAAGAAGGUGACUGCAGCGGAGGAAUUGGUUGCUAUUGAACAACAAAAGUUGCUGUUGCUCGAAAAAAAACAAAUGGCAAAAAAGAGAAAGACGACGACGAGGCAUUUUUUGACAGCCUACUACCAUACUUGCGGAAAAUGGAUCCGAAAAAAAAAUUAUUAUGCCGAAUGGAUAUUCAAAAAACAAUUUUUUAUUUUUCUUUUGACGAUAUUUCCGAUACCGACAAACUAUAAUACACAAUAAAUAUAUUAAAAA